GCCGGGGGCGGAGCACAGAGAAAGCUGCUCUGCGCUUUGCCUUCUGGCUCCCGACCUCUGUCCGCCCAGAGCCUCCAACUCCCGCUGCCCGGCAAGGGGCUGAUGCCCCCUAUGCCCUCUCGCAUAACCCACGGAGGACGUGUGGCUGACUCAUUCCUGCGACCCGAAAGCGGGCCACACCCGGAGAGGACACGGAGCCAUGAGCCGCCAGCCCCGAAGGGCGGCGGCGCUGCUGCUCGGGCUACUUGUGGAGUGCACAGAGGCCAAAAAACAUUGCUGGUAUUUUGAGGGACUCUAUCCAACAUAUUAUAUAUGCCGCCCCUAUGAGGACUGCUGUGGCUCCAGGUGCUGCGUGCGGGCCCUCUCCAUACAGAGGCUGUGGUAUUUUUGGUUUCUCUUGAUGAUGGGCGUGCUCUUCUGCUGCGGAGCGGGCUUCUUCAUCCGGAGGCGCAUGUACCCACCACCGCUGAUCGAGGAGCCUGCGUUCAACGUGUCCUACACCAGGCAGCCCCCCAAUACCACCCCAGGAGCCCAGCAGCCAGGGCUGCCAUAUUACACGGACCCCGGAGGACCAGGGCUGAAUCCCGCGGGUAACCCCAUGGCAAUGGCUUUCCAGGUCCAACCCAACUCACCCCAGGGAAGUACGGCCUACCCGCCGCCCCCUUCUUACUGCAAUACACCCCCACCCCCGUAUGAACAGGUGGUGAAGGCCAAGUAGCAGGGGCACCUGCCUGUGCAACCUCACAGGGAACAGGGAGGAGCGCAUUCGCUCCACCUCUCUGUCCCCAUCAAUGUUCGCUUCCGGGAAUUGUCUUCUGAGCCACUAAGGGCAGAUUCCUCUUUGAUACCUUCAAAUCAAGCACAGCCCCCUUUCAAGUGUUCCGUGGAGGACCAAUAUUUGAAUUCACCCUGUGUCUCCUCUGUUACUUCUGUUUCUGAUGUAAUCUGAGCUCCGGCAGAGUGUGGACAAUCCCCGAGGGCUGACACCUUAGAUCCUCGGGGGAGAGACUGAGGAGGAGGAGGCAGGGCUGGUGUGUGCAGGUGAGCACAGGUGGGCACACGGAGGGGCCGGUGCUGGCCUCAACAGCUUCCUCCCGGGCAUGCCACCGGCGGCUUGUGGAAGUGAGGCCCCACAGGCCCACUCUUUGGGCCCCUCGUCCCAUGGGCCUUCCUCAUCAAGAAGCAGUUAGACCUGUGCUGCAGAAGAAGCUUUUCAGCACUUUCCAUCUCCGUUCACUUCUUAAAGAUGAGGGAGGCCGCCCUUCUGCACAGCCACAGCUGGGAGAGUGCUCCUUCUCAAGGGGACGAGGAUCCAGAAUCAGGCUAAGUUGGAUGUCUACACUUCUCUGAAAAUCACUAAGGAAAGUUACUUAAAUUUAUGAGGCAUUGCUCUCUGCCUCAAACUGGGACAUUGCAUUUUAUGAGCUCUUGGUCUGACGUGGCAACAAUAAAAUGUCUCCCCACUUUGUAGUGAGAGUGUGGAAGCUCGUGUAGAGUCCUGUCCUCGAAGUCAGACUCAGAGUGUCUUCUCUGACCAUCAGCCGCCCUCUGGCUUUGUUUCCACCACAGGCCUCUGUGCCCUUCCCAGAGGCAGUCUUACCGUGGGUUGUGAUGGACACUUGCAAAGCAGAGAGGCACAGCUGACUGACAGCAGAAAGUCACAUCAACCUCUGGGAGAGAGCUGGCCCAGCAGGCCCGGGCACUGGUUUGUUUGAUCUCAGCAGGAGCGAGGGUCUGACGGGCUCUGAAGAGGAAAGCUUACUGGAAAAAAAGACCGGGGAUGCAAAAUCCCAGGACUGCAGGAAGAUCUCUUCAAACAGUACCGCCUAGAUUUCACUUACAACUUAAUCAAGAUUAGAAUAGCAGGUGUAGUUGGAAAUUCGAACCCUGGCUAAGAGACAGAUCUCACCCUGGGAUCCAGCAAGUAGUCCUAGUCACCGGGAAGCAGGAGCGGUCUGCUCCUCUCCAGUCUGUGACGCUGACAGUGCAUUUAAACCAGACUGAGACCUGACCGGUUGUGUGUAGGAAGGCAAAGGUGGUAGGUUUCUGUGUGUGUAGUAGUGGGUUCGGGUGGGGGAGGGGGUGGGGCGGGGCCCAAUUUUUGUAAUGAGCUAAUUGGAGCCUCUUGAGAAAUCGUUACUCAUUGAACUUGAGCAUCAGAACAUCUUGCUGGAGUGGAUACUGUUUUCAUUCCCCAAGACCACUUUCCUACUAGGAUUUCUGUAACUGGGUAUGGCGGGAAGGGGGGGACUACCGACGGCUCUGACUUCCUUCUUCUAGAGAUGGAGAAAUCUGCCAGCCUCCCGGGGAAUUCCACAGGAAGUGCUUGGAGCCACACUCACACCCUUAGAAACAGUUUGUAAACCCAGAUGCUGCUGCUGGUGUCUUUCAGCCACCCUCCUGUGACCUCGGAAUUCCUGGACUCCAGUUCCUCCCACACUCAGAGUCCUGGAUUCCAGUGAGACAACAAAGCACAACGUUGCUGUUUACAACCAAGGACAACCACAGGGGUCCAGAAGGUUCCUCUUCCUUCAGGUCAUUUGCAUUUUUAAUUUGAAUUUCUCCCUUCACUUUUUUUUUUUUUUUUAAACAAGAAGCACAGUAAGAGAUGCCCCUGGAAUUGGAUCCGGGUGCAGUUGAAAAGGGACCCAAAUAUCCAUGAUUUAAUUUUAUCUUUUUUGAUAGCAAAUUAUCUCAGAGACUGGAUGACUUAGGUAGUGCUCAACCAUUUUGUAUUCUGUGUUUGCAAAGAUAAAUUUUGUUUUCUCCUUGAACCUGGAUGAGAACCCUGCUACAGUUAGCCCCAGUACUGCGUGUAGAAAUUCCACUCGUGGUGACAUUUCCGGGCCAUUCUCCUUUCCCCUGUGCCGUCAGUGGACUGUGUGCCCCUCCCGGAGUGAGUCCAGCUCCUGGUGUGUUCAUGUCUUAGAGAGUCCGUGGUUAGGAGUGAACCAGGAGCCAAUCUGCACAUGUUCUCUCUGCGACAUUGGGCUUCUUUCUCUUUUUUGUUCUCUUUUGAUAGGGUCUUGUUUCCUAUGUAUGCAAAAAUAAAAAAUAAAUUUGGGCACGU